GCUUUCCUUUCCUCCCUCGUAGCCUAUUGAGAGGGAGACUAGCAUGAACCCAUUGAUCACGAUCAUCACAUAUCAAUAAAAUAUUUCAAAUUUUUUUUUCCCUAAAACAGAGAGACUUACAAAAAAGGUUACGCUACCUUGAUGUCUGUGCAUGCGACAUCGAUACAGAGCACAUCGGUUAUCAUCUCCUGUCUCAUAUGAAUCAAUUCACUAAUUAAUUAAUUCAUUUUUUUGGACAAAAUCCCACUCGAAGCUGCUGUAGAGUUUGAUGCUUUAAUUGCAUUAUUCGUCCAAUAGUGUGCGCCAGUUCUUACAUGAUUCAUCAUUUCAUUCAUUUGUCAGCUUCCGGGGUUUAAAGAUAACACGUUACAGUUCUUCUAGUUCCGCUUGGAGCUCUCUAUUAAGAUCCUCUGUUAGUUUUCUGCAGCAUUUGCAUUGAUCGAUCCGAGGCGUUUUUGUUCAAGAGUUCACAGCCAUGGCGUCCCGAAGGAUCUCUGCUCUGCUCUGCCGUUCUCUCUCCCCUGCUUCCAAAUCUUCAAGUUUUUUUGGACGGUUUCGUGUCAGCCAGUUUAGCACCUCUACUGCAGUUGAGGAGCCAAUCUGCCCACCUGUCCAGAUAAAUUAUACUCAGCUUCUCAUCAAUGGAGAAUUGGUGGAUGCUGCAUCAGGAAAAACUUUUCCAACCUUUGAUCCCCGGACCGGAGAUGUGAUUGCUUAUGUUGCUGAAGGCGAUGCUGAAGAUAUUAAUCGUGCAGUCUCCGCUGCUCGCAAGGCGUUUGAUGAGGGGCCAUGGCCCCGGAUGUCUCCUUAUGAAAGGUCACGGAUAAUUUGGCGCUUUGCGGAUUUGCUUGAGGAGCACAGCGAUGAAAUUGCAGCACUUGAAACUUGGGACAAUGGGAAGCCUUAUGAACAGGCUGCAAAUGCUGAAUUGCCACUAUUGAUUCGAACCUUUCGAUAUUAUGCUGGUUGGGCAGAUAAGAUUCACGGCCUCACGGCUCCUGCUGAUGGAUUGCACCAUGUCCAGACAUUGCACGAACCCAUCGGUGUUGCAGGGCUAGUAGUUCCGUGGAAUUUUCCGCUUAUGUUGUACUCUUGGAAGGUUGGGCCUGCACUCGCAUGUGGUAACACUAUUGUACUAAAGACCGCAGAGCUGACACCAUUGUCUACCCUCUUUGUCUCAAAGUUGUUCCACGAGGCUGGACUUCCUCCUGGUGUCUUAAAUGUGGUUUCUGGCUUUGGUCCUACUGCUGGUGCAGCUCUUGCUAGUCAUAUGGAGGUGGACAAGCUUUCUUUCACUGGGUCAACUGAGACGGGCAAAAUUAUACUUGAAUUGGCUGCAAGAAGCAAUCUUAAGCCGGUGACUUUAGAGCUUGGAGGAAAAUCUCCUUUCAUCGUCUGUGAAGACGCCGAUGUUGAUAUGGCUGUUGAGCUUGCGCACAAGGCCCUUUUCUUUAAUCAGGGACAAAGUUGCUGUGCUGGGUCUCGCACAUAUGUGCAUGAGCGUGUCUAUGAUGAGUUUGUAGAGAAAGCAAAGCAACGUGCUUUAAAACGCGUUGUUGGAGAUCCUUUCAAGCAGGGCGUUGAACAAGGUCCUCAGAUUGACUCCAGCCAGUUUAAUAAAAUCAUCAAGUUUAUAAGAUCUGGGAUUGAAAGCGGUGCUACCCUUGAAUCUGGAGGCGAAAGAUUUGGCUCCAGAGGCUACUUUAUUCAGCCCACUGUUUUCUCCAAUGUGCAGGACGACAUGUUGAUAGCAAAAGAUGAGAUCUUUGGCCCCGUACAGUCCAUCUUGAAAUUCAAGGAUCUUGAUGAGGUGAUUCAGAGAGCAAACGCAACUCGCUAUGGACUCGCAGCUGGAGUUUUUACCCAGAACAUAGAGACGGCCAACACCCUGUCUCGUGCUUUGAGAGUUGGCACGGUGUGGAUCAACUGUUUUUUCGUCUUCGAUGCUGCAAUUCCUUUUGGUGGCUACAAGAUGAGCGGGCAAGGAAGAGAGAAGGGACUCUAUGGACUAAAUAGCUACUUGCAAGUGAAGGCUGUUGUCACUCCUCUGAAAAAUCCCGCAUGGUUGUAAUAUUUUUAGCACACCUCCUCUGAUUACAUAUAUGUACUGGCAGCAGCAUCAGUUGGUGAGGCUACAAUUUGCAUAAAUAAAGUGGUACUACUACUCAUUUCUUUGUUUUUAA